AUGUCAUUCCUUAUCCGCAUAACGGGUCCAAGAGAAAGUCACAAUGCUGCACCAAAUCCUCCAGGUUCUGCCGCUCUUGAGGAAAUGAAAAUGGAGGAAUUUUCUUACGUGGCUAGAAAUGUGGUAGUAUCUGGGCGAUCAGCUGUCUUCUUCUUUGCUAGAAAAGUCGUUGAUUAUUUUGCCAGUGUCCAAGCUUGUCUAGAUUCUGAAACCCUUGGUCAAGAACGCGACCUUUUUAUUUUCAAAUUAUUUGGUUGCAAAUGCGAAGCCCCUCCCUACGUCGAUCAUUUGUCGCCAUUUUGUGAUUUUCCCGGUACGACGUAUAUUGUGAAAACGUCUCAUGUCACGCAGACCUUCGAUGUCAUUCUGUUAAUUCAUCAGAUAUUCAUCGAAGAAAAUAUCCUAGAUGAUACAUGGCAGAUCAGCAGAAACGGAAAAUACUUUGUGGUUGAAUUUCCAGUUAUUGGGCAGACUUUUGCCGAGAAAAUACUGGACCGGCUAUCCUAUUACAAUGUCGGAAAGACCGAGGAUUCAAACAUAAUGGUGAUCGACCCCGCUGUGCUGGUUUGCAAGAGGUCCAAAGCCAAAGAAACUCAAGAAAUUCCCGUGAAGCAUUUCCAGAAAUUCGUCAAUUCUCUCAAAUCCCGCCUAACAGUUGCUCAAGUCUAUCAUGCCAUUAGCAAUCAAGGUAAUUUCAACUUCAACUACCUCUGCUUUCUCAUCUGCGCCGCAAUCGUGGCUGACAUUGCAUUGGUGACGGACUCCGCCGCCUGUGUCUUUGCCAGCAUGCUCUUGUCACCUCUGAUGGAACCUAUCAUGUGCAUCAUAUUUGGCUUGAGCCUUCGGGAAAAGAGAAUGACCAUGAAGGGAUUCAGAAAUACCACUGUUUCUCUACUCAUAUGCAUCAUAGUGGGAAUACUUUUUGGCAUCCCUGCUCAUUUCAUAAGCAUGUUCCAGGGCGUUUCACCAUAUCCGACGAGCCAGAUGUCCAGCAGAGGUGAAGCAAAAGCACUCAUAGGCUCGGUGAUCGUGGCGGCCACAUCUGGAGUAAGCGUGUCCUUUGCCAUUCUCUCAAACAGUCUUGCUGCAAUGAUCGGAAAUGCCAUUUCUCUUUCCCUUCUGCCACCUUCCGUAAACUGCGGUCAAUUUUUUUUGCUUGCUGUGAUCGCCCUCAUUGACCGGCCCUACGUUAUGGUACGCACUGUUGCCUUAUAUGUUUGA